AUCCGCGAGGAAAGAGGGCAGUGGGCAAAGGAAGAAGCCCCAGACACCCGACUGCAGACGCCCACAGGCAAAGAGCACACACAAUGGCGCAGCCCAGCCUCCUGCUCUGCCUGCUCUCCCUGGCGGUGCUCCCUCUGCUGGGACGAGGCUCCGCCUUCCUGUCCCACCCCCGCCUGAAAGGCAGGUUUCAGAGGGACCGCAGGAACAUCCGCCCCAACAUCAUCCUGGUGCUGACCGAUGACCAGGACGUGGAGCUCGGCUCCAUGCAGGUGAUGAACAAGACGCGGCGCAUUAUGGAGCAGGGCGGGGCUCACUUUAUCAACGCUUUCGUGACCACGCCCAUGUGCUGCCCCUCGCGCUCCUCCAUCCUCACCGGGAAGUACGUCCACAACCACAACACCUACACCAACAACGAGAACUGCUCCUCGCCCUCCUGGCAGGCACAGCACGAGAGCCGCACCUUUGCCGUGUACCUCAACAGCACGGGCUACCGGACAGCUUUCUUCGGGAAGUACCUGAAUGAGUACAACGGCUCCUAUGUGCCACCUGGCUGGAAGGAGUGGGUCGGGCUCCUGAAAAAUUCCCGCUUCUACAACUACACGCUCUGCCGCAACGGGGUGAAGGAGAAGCACGGUUCCGACUACUCCAAGGAUUACCUCACUGACCUCAUCACCAAUGACAGCGUUAGCUUCUUCCGAACGUCCAAGAAGAUGUACCCGCACAGGCCGGUCCUGAUGGUCAUCAGCCAUGCAGCCCCCCACGGCCCUGAGGACUCCGCGCCCCAGUACUCUGGCCUCUUCCCCAACGCCUCUCAACACAUCACACCGAGCUACAACUACGCACCCAACCCUGACAAGCACUGGAUCAUGCGCUACACGGGGCCCAUGAAGCCCAUCCACAUGGACUUCACCAACAUGCUGCAGCGGAAGCGCCUGCAGACCCUCAUGUCCGUGGACGACUCCAUGGAGACGAUUUACAACAUGCUGGUGGAGACGGGCGAGCUGGAUAACACCUACAUCGUCUACACCGCUGACCACGGCUACCACAUCGGCCAGUUCGGCCUGGUGAAGGGCAAGUCCAUGCCCUACGAGUUCGACAUCAGGGUCCCCUUCUUUGUGCGGGGCCCCAAUGUGGAGGCUGGAUCUCUGAACCCCCACAUCGUCCUCAACAUCGACCUGGCUCCCACCAUCCUGGACAUCGCGGGCCUAGACAUCCCCACCGACAUGGACGGGAAGUCCAUCCUCAAACUGCUGGACACGGAGCGCCCUGUGAACCGGUUCCAUCUGAAAAAGAAGGUUCGGGUCUGGCGGGACUCCUUCCUGGUGGAGAGAGGCAAACUGCUCCACAAACGGGAGAGUGGCGACAAGGUGGACGCCCAGGAGGAGAACUUCCUGCCCAAGUACCAGCGCGUGAAAGACCUGUGUCAGCGCGCCGAGUACCAGACAGCCUGCGAGCAGCUGGGGCAGAAGUGGCAGUGCGUGGAGGACGCCACUGGCAAGCUGAAGCUGCACAAGUGCAAAGGCCCCGUGCGGCCCGGUGGUGACGGCAGAGCCCUCUCCAACCUGGUGCCCAAGUACUACGGGCGCGGCGGGGACGGCGGUGGCGAGGCCUGCACCUGCGACCGCACCCACUACAAGCUGAGCCUGGCUGGGCACCGGAAAAAGCUCUUCAAGAAAAAGUACAAAGCCGGCUACAUGAGGAACCGCUCCAUCCGCUCGGUGGCUGUGGAGCUGGAUGGUGAGGUGUACCACGUGGGCCUGGAGGAUGUGCCCCAGCCCCGCAACCUCACCAGGCGGCAUUGGGCAGGGGCCCCUGAAGACCAGGACGACCAGGACACUGGGGACUUCAGUGGCACAGGCGGCCUCCCCGACUACUCAGCCCCCAACCCCAUUAAAGUGACACACCGGUGCUACAUUCUAGAGAAUGACACCGUCCAGUGUGACCUGCUCUUGUACAAGUCCCUGCAGGCCUGGAAAGACCACAAGCUGCACAUCGACCACGAGAUCGAAACCCUGCAGAACAAAAUUAAGAACCUGCGGGAAGUCCGAGGUCACCUGAAGAAAAAGCGGCCUGAAGAAUGUGACUGCCACAAAAUCAGCUACCACACCCAGCAGCACAGAGGCCGCCUCAAGCACAAGGGCUCCAGCCUGCACCCCUUCAGGAAAGGGCUGCAGGAGAAAGACAAGGUGUGGCUGUUGCGCGAGCAGAAGCGCAAGAAGAAGCUGCGCAAGCUGCUCAAGCGGCUGCAGAACAACGACACGUGCAGCAUGCCGGGCCUCACCUGCUUCACCCACGACAACCAACACUGGCAGACGGCGCCUCUCUGGACCCUGGGACCCUUCUGUGCCUGUACCAGCGCCAACAACAACACAUAUUGGUGCCUGCGGACCAUCAACGAGACCCACAACUUUCUCUUCUGCGAAUUUGCGACGGGCUUCCUGGAGUACUUUGAUCUCAACACAGACCCCUACCAGCUGAUGAAUGCGGUGAACACGCUGGACAGAGAGGUCCUGAACCAGCUGCACUUGCAGCUGAUGGAGCUGAGGAACUGUGAGGGCUACAAGCAGUGCAACCCCCGCACCCGGAACAUGGACCUGGGACUUAAAGAUGGAGGGAGCUACGAGCAGUACAGGCAUUUUCAGCGACGCAAGUGGCCAGAGAUGAAGAGACCCUCCUCCAAGUCCAUGGGGCAGCUGUGGGAAGGCUGGGAAGGCUAAGCAGUGAGAGCCGGACCUCCACACCCAGAGGGGCUCCGAGACCGGCCAGCGACGUGAGGACCCUCCCCCCACCCCCAGGAUUUCAGGCCGGCAGACCUCUGCUGCUUGCUGGGAGGCUUUCGGUCCACGUGGCAAAUUCUGCAGGAUAACCGCCGGGCCUGGAGAUGCUUCCAGAAGUCCAUUUUUGCCCCUGCUUUUGCUUUGGAUUGUACCUCACCAGCCGCACAAAACGCCUUUUCAUAUCAGUCACCACUAAUAGGAGCCCUCUCAGGGGAGAGGGUGCAAAAACCUCUCCUUGGAAAAUGCCAAGGGUCACUGGAAUUUUCCACUUUCCCCCCCAUAAAUCGCAAGGGCACAACAAUCGCAAUUGAAACCCUCUCCUUCCGGCUUGUCACCAAGAAAUGGCUCGCGGUUGAAGAUGGCGACACCGAGCUACAGCACAAAUGGAGGAACCCUCCGCUGGCUGAUCACAAGAACCCCGACUGCCGCUGAAGCAGCUGGACCUCACUGUACAUAUGUGACAUCUUGAUGUCACCAACGUGGGGACUCCUGGGGAGAGACCUAAUGAGACCACCCCGAUUCCUAGAGCGGGAGGGUGUCAGUAAACGCUCUGUGUAACGAACAAUCCUUGCAGUUGUAGGUCUGUCUGCCCCGCCCCACACCAUUCCGCUCGGCGUCCCCCUGCCACCCAGCCUGGGACUGAUGUUUUUCUAUGGUACUGAAGACUAAUGAAGUUGAUGUAUGUCCCCCGUUUUAAUGAAAUUGUUCUUUGUAAGGAAA